AUGGGAUUCAAGCCUAUCCAAACUGAAUCAGCAGAUAAGACUGGACAAAGCAGUAAUGAUGUUGGAAAACAAGUAAACUAUUCUGACAAACGGAAAAGCGGGUUGUGCAUUUUAGACAGAGAUAAUGCUCCGAGUUCACCUAUUCCUCUUCCAGCACUUCCUAGAACUAUGUCUCCUGGAAGAGAACUAUACUACAUGUCUGCCAGAUCUCUAUCAAGGAGUCAUACACCUACGGCUGGAUCUUUGUUAGUACAAAGAAUGAGUCCCACCUCUGAUCAUUCUGGGAUUUCCAUUGAACAGCCCUUGCUUGGUGGACAAGUUUCUACACAAUCUGCACCUUCUCCAAACAUCAAAACCAUGCUAUGCUUGGUCUCAAUAAUGAUAUUUCUUAGAACUGUUAAUCUUGAAUUCUUAGCUAGCGGUUAUCAUAACAUUGAGUUUGAGAAAUCAAAUAAAGGAUUUGUGAUUCAAGUUGGGAGAAAGCUGUUGCAGGUACAGGGUGGGCUAUUACAAGGAAAUGGUAUUGAAGGAAGCAAUGGAAUUGGAAGUUGCCUUGGUUGGGCAAUGGCAGCAAUUUAUAUGGGUGGACGGCUUCCCCAAAUUUGUUUGAAUAUGAGAAGGGGGAAUGUGGAGUGCCUUAACCCUCGAAUGUUUCUCUUCGCUUUGAGUGGUAAUGCAACAUAUGUAGCAAGCAUAAUUGUUAGCAACUUGGAUUGGUCAAAAAUCAGACCAAAUCUACCAUGGCUUGUAGAUGCGGGAGGCUGUGUCCUACUUGAUGCUUUUAUUUUAAUCCAAUUCAUCUACUUCCAUUGUCGGUCAUCUCGAGAUGUAGGUUAUAAGCAUGGAAACUCUAAUUCAGCUUAGAAGAUGAUGACAACAAAGUAAUUCAAGGUAUCUCCAACUGUUUAUGCAUGUGUGUGCAUGAAACCAUGUCUGUAUGGUCUUAGGCCGAUAAUUGUUCAUUGUAGCCUUGAUUUUCUUAUUUCCAUUUUUUGUUUGGAAGAUGGGUACACUUAAAGUGAUAAUACUUACUUAGAUAUGAUACUGCUCCAUCAUGUGGUAUUAAAGCUUUGACAUCAACCAUAACAGUGGAAACACAAAAACUCUUGUUACUGAAGGUAUAUGCAACCCAAGACGGUGGGUCAAUUGGGUUUCA